GUUCUCUCACAUGCAUGCAAUCAAGGACAAACGAGCACGGUCUUACCGGCAGCUUCAACAAUAGGUGGUCGGGUGUCUGCACUGGAAUCGUCGGCUUGCUUCCAUCCAUGUUCUGUCUACCCUCGGCUAUAUGCGACAGAACAUGAAUCUUGCGAGGAGGCAGUGGCGCCGGACCUCGUGCUGGACGAUCUUGUGGUUCGUGUCUGCCUGCCUAGGACAGAUCAUCACGCUGCAGGACAAAGCCACGCUCCUGGGUAGGCGUGGGUCAAACAUCGAUUCAUGGCUCGGCAUUCGUUACGCCGAUUGGGACCGAUUCGGAGCUUCCAGACCUACAAAACAACACGCGAAGCUCCGCCUGCCCAACGGAACCUGGGACGCCACCACCCUUGGGCCUCGCUGCCCUCAGCCCGGGUCUGAUGCCAGUGCCAUCUCGGAAGAUUGCCUUGUGCUCAACAUUUAUCGGCCGUCAUUGGCCCCACUCACGUCCGCAGCUGCCUUUACCAGCGAGGCUGAUGACAACGAGGGUAGGAAGCUACCGGUGAUUCUCUUCUUCCACGGCGGCGGGUUCCGUAUUGGCUCUGCAAAUGACUUCGACCCCACUGUGUUUCUCGAGAGCGCUCAGAAGAGCAAUCGCAGCGCGGCAGUAUUUGUGGCCGCAAACUACCGGCUGGGCUUGCUCGGUUUCCUGGCAUCGUCGUCGUUACAGGCGUCAAGAGAUGCCAAUGAAGACAACGUGAUCCUUAACCCAGCCAUGCAGGACCAAAGGGUGGUUAUUCAGUGGGUCAAGGACAACAUCAAGGCCUUCGGCGGCGAUUCGGACCGCAUCACCCUCUGGGGCCAAUCUGCUGGCGCAUUCGGCGUUGGAGCGCAGCUGCUGGCGCACGCCGACGACGCUCACCCACCUUUCCACGCCGUCAUACUCCAGAGCGGUGGUCCCGCGGGUGUGGCUCUCGGCCCUGUGUCUGCAAAGGAUGGCCAGUUCCAAAGGAUCCUGAGCUCGACCAAUUGCGCAAAUGUUACGUGCUUGCGGGCCCUGCCCUUGGCUACCAUCCUCGCAGCACAGUAUGCUGAGGAAUCGAAGCCAAAAAAUUACGAUUUUCUGGGCGGUGCGCCGUGGACGGCCUGCAUCGACGGCGGGCCUGGCAAGGGCGGCUUUUACGAGCAGGACCCUAUCUUUCUUGUCGAGGAGGGCAAAUUCGCCAGCGUUCCCAUACUUAUCGGCGAUACCCUCGACGAGGGGACUCUCUUUACAUCCCAGUCCAGAUUCGGAAAAAGCAGCGAUAUCGAGGAUUGGAUAGGUAAUUCUUAUGGACUCGGUCGCAAGAACUCCGACACCGUCAUGAAGGCAUACCCCAAUGAUCCCACUCAGGGCUCUCCCUACGGAUCGACCCAAUCCUUUUCUGGCCAAUACAAGCGCGCUGCAUCCAUCUGGGGCGAUAUACGCUUUCAAUCGACCCGAAGGUUGCUCCUAGCAAAGGCCAGUGCGAAAGCCUGGACGUAUCAAUUCAGCCAAGCUCAAAGCCCUGGCACAAAGGCCUCACUGGGCGUUCCUCAUUCCAGCGAUCUCUAUACGGUCCUAGAAAUCGCACCUACGGCUUUGGGUUCUUUGAUGGCCAACCAAUUCGUUGCUUUUGCCGCCAAUGGCACCCCAGAAGCACCCGGGUUACCCCCUUGGCCGGCCUUCGACAAGGACAUUCGUACGAUGCUGCAAUACAUAGACGACUCUGGCACCUUGAUCAACGACACGUAUCGCGAUGCGCCAAUGGAGACGCUGAUACAGGUCCGCCUUGCGGUACAGACGGAUCAGGCAGCCCCACAAAGCUCCACAAUGAGUCUCUUCUGGGCUUCCGUAACGACACUGUUUGCUCUUGGUCUCGGUUCGCUGUGAUCACACUACAUCGAUUUGGCUGCAUGCCGUUGCUUCUUUCUUGGAAACGUGGCAAUAGAGCAGUUUACAGAGCAACAAUGAC